AUGUCGCAGAUACCACAGCAGCGGUUUGGGUGCUACAUUGGUAACAUUGACCGCAGUGUGACGUUGGAUGUCCUCCGCCAGGUGUUCUCGCAGUGCGGGGUGAUCAUUGACUGCUCCCUCAACGGAAGGGAUGAAGAUCCGUACCGAUACGGCUUCAUCGACUUCGCCUCUGAGGAGGAUCGCGGGCGGGCAAUGAAGUACAACGGGUUUACGCUCGCGGGAAGGAAAAUUAAGGUGGGUGUUAGCAAGGGUAACGUCGGGCGGCCAGAGGGGUUCAACAACACAAAUAGCAGCAGCAAUAACGGCCCGAGCAACACCGGCAACAGCAGCAGCGUCAGCAACAACCAGCAGCAGCAGCAGCAGCAGCAGCAGCAGCAGCUGAUGCCGCACGUGCAACAGCCCCAGCAACCACAAAUUCCACCAGUUGCCCUGGCGGCCACCCUUCUUCCCAGUGUCUUGCAGCAGCAACAACAGGGCACACAGCUCCUCAUGCAGCUCAUUCAGCAGGGCGCCAUAGACAUUAAUAACUUAACCCCCGAACAGCAGCAAAUUCUAAUGGCGAGUCUUCUUCCCCAAGCAGCACCGCCAGCGCCAGGAAUACCUGCGAUGCCCCCAAUGGCACCUAUGGGAUAUCCGCCGAUGCAGCAGGCGUGGGGUGCGCCUCGUGGCGGCGGUGGCGGUGGUGGUGGCGGUGGUGGCGCCUACCCGGGUGGACCUCCGGUAAGCCGCGGGAUGCCGUACAGCCGCGGACCAGCAAAUCCGAUGCCGUCCGAAGAGACGGUGAAGCUGCGGGAGGUGCAACGCAAGCAGUUCCUUGACGUGGUGCGACGUGAUGCUGAGAAAUACGAGCGAAAGUUGCGGGAACGUGGCGUGAAAGAGGGAAGGGCAGGGUCGGUUUCUGGCAGCGAAGAUAGUUCCGACGACGACGAGGGUGGUGAGAAGCGCCGCCGUGGGCACGGCAAGAGAAACGAGGAAGAGAAUGAGGGCGAAAAGAACAAGCGGGCUAGACAUCACGACGACGGCGGUAGGCACCAUCAUCACAACCACCACCACACAAACAGCAGCAAGGAGCAGCCGACGGCCUCCGCCGACGACAAUGGCGCCAGCAACGUCGAUGAGAAGAAGGAGCCGGAGCAUGAGGAAGCCGUGGAGGAGCCUAAGAGAGCGGAGGAGCCUGAGAGGACGGAGGAACCCAAGAGGACGGAGGAACCCAAGAGGACGGAGGAGCAUGAGGAAGCCGUGGAGGAAGUGAGGCAGACUGAGCCACAGGGGGGGAAAGACGACCGUGAAGAAAUUUAG